AUGUUGGGUCUUUUUCAUCAUGCAAGAAAUUCUAUUUGGGUGGACUCAAAGUCCCAAUUUAGGAGAGAUCCUUUGGGUGUGUUAGAUGCUCUUCUUUGGCAUUUAAAUUCGGUACUUGCUAUUUCAGAACACGGAGCACGCAAUCGUGUCUACGAUGAGGCAAAGGCUAUUGUCAAGAAAAACAAAGCUACCCCAGAAGAAGUGCAGGUACAAUUGAACCAAUACCACCAGGAUGACCUCUCAGAGGCCAAGAAGUUUAAUGGAAAGAAAG